GCGCCGCGGUUAGAGAGGAGCAUCGAGCAUCGAGCAGCGGAGACUGAUGUUUUAUGGCACAAAUGAGCAACAGUUCAGAGGAAUGCAAAAAGUUUUAAGAUCAACUCACUGGUUUACUGCGCAAGUACUUAAAGGUUUUUAUUUUUUAAUGAUAGCAAGAUGAAAUGCCAACAAGAACUUCAGAACUAUGACGCGUAGCUACCCGGUAAUUAAAGUAGCCUAAUGGGAUAUGCAGUUUUAUGCGGGCCAUUGUGAGACACAUAAAGAAAUCAUCUUCGAACACACCGGAUCCUGGAAACGGACUUGGAGUCGAGAGAGCGAACUUUGUCACGUAGAAAGAUCUGGACCAACUUAUUUUCAAUCCGUGUUCAAAUUUGAGAGUGAAAACGGACACCCACAGCCCCCUCCUUUUUUAUAGCUCGGAAUCUGGAUUUUUUUUUUUUUUUAAACACGGGAUUUCGUGUAAAAUCCCUUCUUUUGGAAAAUCAACGAAAAGGCUCGGGCAAGUAAUUAAAACUGCAUCCGUUCUUCUUCUUUUUUAAUCGAUGGGGUUUUUUUUCAAAUCCUGCUGCGGUUUAUUUUUGUAACGCGAGGCUGGAGGUAUUAGUAUGAACUGCUGAGAAACCCAAGCCGAGGAGGACAUUUACAGCCUUUUAUUCCAUCGAAUGUGAAGGACUGAGCCAGGAGCGGGCGAAAGAGCGUCUCUAACCAUUUUACACGGUCCUGUUUAUGCGCCUUGUUGGUCUUUUUUAAGGUGUAGCUAAUAUUUAGCGUUUUUUGUGUGUGCCAACUGUCCGUUUGAUUCACAAUGGCAAUCUCAAAAAGAUGGAACUGGGUUUGGACAACUGGCUGCGCUCUGGUGAUUACGUCCCUGUGGCUCCAGCCAUGCUCAGGCCAGUAUAACGCAGAGAAGGGAAUCUCUAUCCCCGAGCACGGCUUCUGCCAGCCGAUAUCCAUCCCGCUCUGCACAGAUAUCGCCUACAACCAGACUAUCAUGCCGAACCUGCUGGGCCACACCAACCAGGAGGACGCCGGGCUGGAGGUGCACCAGUUCUACCCGCUGGUGAAAGUGCAGUGCUCCAUGGACCUGAAGUUUUUCCUCUGCUCGAUGUACGCGCCGGUGUGCACGGUGCUGGAACAGGCCAUUCCGCCCUGCCGCUCUCUGUGCGAGCGCGCGAGGCAGGGCUGCGAGGCGCUGAUGAACAAGUUCGGCUUCCAGUGGCCGGAGAGGCUGCGCUGCGAGAACUUCCCCGUGCACGGCGCCGGGGAGAUUUGCGUGGGCCAGAACACCUCGGAACCGGGAAGCCCCACCUCGUACCCCACCCCGUACAUCCCCGAGCUCAUUACGCUGCCCCCACCUCACGCGGGGAGGCCCAACCAGCCGUUCUCCUGCCCUCUGCAGCUGGAGGUGCCCGCCUACCUCAACUACUACUUCAUGGGAGUGAAGGACUGCGGCGCGCCCUGCGAGCCCAGCAAGCCCAACGGGCUGAUGUACUUCCGCGAGGAGGAGGUGAAGUUCGGGCGGCUCUGGGUGGGAAUCUGGUCCAUCCUGUGCUGCGUGAGCACCCUGUUCACGGUGCUGACGUACCUAGUGGACAUGCGGCGGUUCCGCUACCCAGAGCGGCCUAUCAUCUUUCUCUCCGGCUGCUAUUUCAUGGUGGCGGUUGCCUACACGGCCGGGUUCCUGCUAGAGGAUAAGGUGGUCUGCAUCGACGGGCUAAAUGACGACGGUUAUAAAACUGUGGCCCAGGGCACCAAGAAGGAGGGCUGUACAAUCCUGUUCAUGAUCCUGUACUUCUUCGGCAUGGCGAGCUCCAUAUGGUGGGUCAUCCUCUCGCUAACCUGGUUCCUCUCCGCGGGCAUGAAGUGGGGUCACGAGGCCAUCGAGGCUAACUCGCAGUACUUCCACCUGGCGGCCUGGGCGGUUCCGGCCGUCAAAACCAUCACCAUCCUGGCCAUGGGGCAGGUGGACGGCGACCUGCUCACUGGCGUGUGCUACGUGGGAAUCUUCAACGUGGACUCGCUGCGCGGCUUCGUGCUGGCGCCCCUGUUCGUGUACCUCUUCAUCGGCACCUCUUUCCUGCUGGCCGGGUUCGUGUCGUUGUUCCGCAUCCGGACCAUCAUGAAGCACGACGGGACCAAGACGGAGAAGCUGGAGAAGCUGAUGGUGCGGAUCGGGGUGUUCAGCGUGCUGUACACGGUCCCCGCCACCAUCGUCAUCGCCUGCUACUUCUACGAGCAGGCCUUCCGCGAGCAGUGGGAGAAGACAUGGCACAUGCAGACGUGCAAGCGAUUCGCCGUGCCGUGCCCGAUCAACAACUUCGCCCCCAUGACGCCCGACUUCACCGUGUUCAUGAUCAAGUACCUGAUGACCAUGAUCGUGGGCAUUACCUCCGGGUUCUGGAUUUGGUCCGGGAAGACGCUGCAGUCCUGGCGCAGGUUUUACAAACGGCUCAGCAACAGCAACCAGGGCGAGACGACUGUAUGAGCUUCCGAGAGGGGCCCCGCGUGCGGAACCGGGCUCGGAUGGAGAAAUACGAGUCCUCAUGCUUUACAAACUGGAAUUGAUCUUAAAUCUAAACUUUGGAAUUCGAAUUGAGCUCAGCGCUGCCCCUCUCUCUACAUGAGAUGAUUUAAUCAGGUUAAUUUCCACUCAUGAACAGACAUUUCCGUUCUCCGUGAUUAUUGCUGAGCUUCGAUCUUUUUUUUCUUCAUCGAAGGGGUCCUUACUUUGGUUUGUGAAAUGUUCCACAAUAACAUUCUCAUUUGAACUGUUGAAGCACCAUAAUAGUUUUGUUCUCUGUUUUGUUCUAUGAAAAAUGUAAAACCUCGACACUAUUUUCAUUCUUUUUUAUUUUUUAUUUUUUUUAUCAAUGUGCGACCGUUCUAUAGAAACAUUCUGCUGCUGCUCCGGUCUUUUUAAAUCCUGCAUUUGCCUUUACGCUUUUCAUUUAACACUCAGCAAUAAUGUUUUCUGUAAUAUCCUCCUGAAAGACGGCAUUCCCUGUCUGUGACAAAAUAUAGUUUUUAUAUCAACUUGACUGGUUACUUUUAAGUGCACAAUUUGGUGCUUCGGGUGAUAGAAACUUGGUGGAAAACGAAGGCUACCUUGCAUCUCCCUUCCAGCGUUUUAUUUGCCACAUCAUUUUAUUUUAUUCUGUUUCGGUCCAUUUUCGUAAUUUGUGUGACUUCUGCAGCCACCAGUUGACAAUCAUGCAUUCUUCUGUUCCGGGAAGAACGGCCGGUUUUUCCGCAUUGGGGUAGUAUACCAUGCAUGUGUAUAGCUGUACAAAUAUGCAAGCUACUACAUUAUUCAUAAUUUGUAAAUAUUCUUCACCUUUUCCCCAAAUGAAUAUAUGUAUUUAUAAAAUAAAUCUUGCUGUUUUUUUUACUUGAUUUUUUUAAUGCAGUAAGACCUCAUUUGUAUCUGUACAGUUUCACCGAAUAAAAUGAUUAGAUUUUUUACUCUC